UACCAAAAAUAACUGUUUAUUAUCAUCUAACAGGGUGAAGAUGCAGUGGAGUCUGUUGGUGUUGAUUGUGAUGGGUCAGUGUUCCUCCAUUGGGGGUCAGCUGUGUGACUACCACUUCAUUAGAUAUGAGAAGACCUGGAAAGAAGCCAAGGAUUAUUGCAAAAAGAACCACACUGACCUGGCCACAGUGUCUAACCAGACAGACAUGAAGAGACUCCUUAGAUCCACAAGUGAACAGUAUCAAGACGGAGCCUGGAUUGGGCUGCAGCGAGACUGGCGCUGGUCUCAGUCAGGGGUGGAGUUCAACGACAGUAAGCGUGAAUGGUCUCCAGAACAGCCGGAUAAUAAAGACAAUACUGAAUACUGUGUGAGGAUGAAUGUUGGCAAUUGGGAUGACAUCUCUUGUUCUACACCAUAUCCUUUUAUCUGCUAUGAUGAACACAACAAGACCGGCAAAACAUUUUAUAUCAGUGACGAUAACAAUAUGAAGAACUGGACAGAGGCUCAGAGAUACUGCAGAGAUAAUCACACUGACCUGAUCAGUGGAGUCAAACAGCUAGAAGACUUCAAGAGACAGCACCCGGAUUAUGCAACGUGCCCGAGUACUAGAAACCCGUGCCCUUUCUGGAUCGGCCUGUUCAGAGACUCUGACUGGAGUUGGUCAGAUGGGAACAAUUUCUCUUUCAGAUCCUGGGAUAAUGCUGAACCUAAGGAUAAACAAGACCCUAAGAAGCUAUGUGCUAUGACUACGUCAAAUGGAAAUUGGAGCUCCGAUUACUGUAAUGAAACCAAACCCUUCUUCUGCUACGACGAUUCAGUGAUCCUGAUCAAGAAGAACAUGACCUGGGUGGACGCGUUAUACUACUGCAGAGAUCACUAUCGUGACCUUGUCUCCAUCACCAACCAGGGCGAGCAGCUCUGGGUCCAGGAGAGAGCCAAGACGGCCUCCACUCCCUACGUGUGGCUGGGACUGCGCUACACCUGCACUCUGGACUUCUGGUUCUGGGUCACUGACGAGACGGUCCUCUACAAGAACUGGGGCCCCGGCCAGUCUGGGGACGACUGCAACAUGUCUGGAGCCAUGGACAGAGAGGGAACGCACCAGUGGGUCAAAAAAGACGACAACCACCAGCUUAAUUUCAUCUGUUCCACGUAA